AUGAUCUCAUGUAGGAAGCUCUGUUGGCGCUAUCAUGUGUGGACCCUGGGCUGCUACAUGCUGCUGGCCGUCAUUGCUCUGAAACUGUCCCUCAGACUGAAGUGUGACUUUGAUGUCGUGGAUCUGAACUCGAAGGAAUUUCAAAGCCAGCACUGCAGGGACUUCCUGUACAAGACCCUGAAGCUGCCAGCAAAGAGGUCCAUCAACUGUUCCGGGGUCACUCGAGGGGAGCAGAAAGCAGUGAUCCAGGCUCUGCUGAAUAACCUGGAGAUUAAGAAGAAGCGGCAGCCCUUCACAGAGGCCGACUACCUUAGCAUGACCGCAGACUGUGAGCAAUUCAAGACCAAAAGGAAGUUCAUACAGUUCUCGCUGAGUAAGGAAGAGGCCGACUUCCCUAUCGCGUAUUCCAUGGUGGUUCAUGAGAAGAUCGAGAACUUUGAAAGGCUGCUGCGCGCUGUGUACACCCCUCAAAACAUAUACUGUGUCCACGUGGAUCAGAAGUCCCCAGAAACUUUCAAGCAGGCGGUCAGGGCCAUUGUGUCAUGCUUCCCAAAUGUCUUUAUAGCUAGUAAGCUGGUGUCAGUGGUCUAUGCUUCCUGGUCCAGGGUGCAGGCUGACCUGAACUGCAUGGAAGACUUAGUCCAGAGCUCCGUGCCAUGGAAAUACCUCCUGAACACCUGUGGGACAGACUUUCCCAUCAAGACCAAUGCUGAGAUGGUCCAGGCCCUCAAGCUAUUGAAUGGGCAGAACAGUAUGGAGUCAGAGGUGCCACCCCCACAUAAAAGGUUUCGCUGGGAAUAUCACUAUGAGGUGAAAAACACAUUGCACAAUACCGGCAAGAGAAAGACCCCUCCGCCUUAUAACAUAACCAUGUUUACUGGGAAUGCCUACAUGGUGGCUUCUCGAGACUUCAUUGAACAUGUAUUAAACAACACCAAAGCCCAACAACUAAUCGAAUGGGCAAAAGACACCUACAGUCCUGAUGAGCAUCUUUGGGCCACCCUCCAGCGUGCCUCCUGGAUGCCUGGAUCAACUCCCUUGCACCCCAAAUUUGACCUCUCAGACAUGAGAGCUAUUGCAAGGCUAACCAAGUGGCAGGACCACGAGGGAGACAUCGAGGAUGGGGCGCCAUACACACCUUGUUCAGGAGUCCACCAGCGGGCUGUCUGUAUUUAUGGGUCUGGGGACCUGCACUGGAUACUUCAGAACCAUCACCUCUUGGCCAACAAGUUUGACCCAAAGGUGGAUGAUAAUGUUCUUCAGUGUUUAGAGGAAUAUUUACGUCACAAAGCCAUCUAUGGGACUGAACUGUGA